AUUCCCUAAAAGGAAAAGAGACAUACGACACAGACUGGAGCAUUCAAUUCAGUCCACUAGCUGUAUUCCAUAGCCAGGCUUUAUGACAUAAAUAUAAGAUAUAGAGAAUACAGAAACAGAGAAAUAUGACAUGGCCCCUACACAUUCAAUCUGGAACUCUAACUCCUGGUAAUCUAACAGGAAUCCUCCUCAAAUUCUUUCCAGGUCAAGCUGAAGUAUAAACAAAGUAGAGUUACCAUUACAAAAUUUUAAUGGGGGGAGGUGGUAACAAGAUUUAACACCUCCAACCCCUUGUUGAUCUUCACGUUUGAAAUGGAGAUGUCAAAAGUUAUUCUUUUUUUUUUUUUGAGAUGGAGUCUCACUCUGGCACCCACGUUGGAGUGCAGUGGCACAAUUUUGGCUCACUGCAACCUCACUCCCAGGUUCAAGCGAUUCUCCUGCCUCAGCCUAGCUGGGAUUACAGGCGCCGUAGCUGGGAUUACAGGCGCCCCACCACCACACCUGGCUAAUUUUUGUAUUUUUAGUAGAGGCACGUUUUCAUCAUGUUCGCCAGGCUAGUCUUGAACUCCUGACCUCAAGUGAUCCGCCCGCCUUGGCCUCCCAAAGUGCUGAGAUUACAGGUGUGAACCACUGCACCUGGCCAAAAACUGUUCUUUUUAAAAAUUGAGAUAUAGGCUGGGCAUGGUAGCUCAUGCGUAUAAUCCCAGCACUUUGGGAGGCCAAAGCAGAAGGAUCACUUGAGCCCAGGAGUUCGAGAACAGCCUGGGCAACAUAGUGAGAACUCAUCUCUACAAAAAAAUACAAAAAUUAGCUGGGUAUGGUGGCUCACACCUGUAGUCCCAGAUACUCAGGAGGCUGAGGUGGGAGGAUUGCUUGAGCCUGGGAGGUCAAGGCUGCAGUGAGCUGUGAUUGUACGACUGCACUCCAGCCCGGGUGACAGAGUGAGACCCUGCUUCAAAAGAAAAAUAAAAUAAAAAUAAAAAUAGAGAUAUAAUUUGCACAGCAUAAUAUCCUUUUAAACGUGUACGUUCAGUAGAUUUUAGUAUAUUCACAAUGUUGUGCAACCAUCAUCACUAUUUUUAUCACCUCAAAAAGAAUUCCUGCAGCCAUUAAGCCAUCACUGUCCUUUCCCUCCCUCUCCCCAGCUCCUGGCAACCAUAAAUCUGUCUCUAUGCAUUUGCCUAUUCUGGAUAUUUCAUAUAAAUAGAAUCAUACACUAUGUGGCCUUUUGUGACUGACUUUUUUCACUCAGCAUGUUUUCAAGGUUUAUCUAUGAUGUAGCCUGUAUCAGUACUUAAUUGCUUUUCAUGACUGAAUAAUAUCCCACUGUAUGGAUAUGCUACAUUUUGUUUAUCCAUUCAUCACUUGGACAUUUAAUUUGUUUCCUUUUUUUGCCUAUUAUGAAUAAUGCUGCUAUGAACACUGACAUACAAGUUUUUGUGGGGGUAUGUUUUCAAAUCCCUUUCGUGUAUAUACCUAGGAGUAGAAUUGCUGGGUCAUAUGCAAAGCUAAUCAUUUCUUGAACAUUUACUAACACUGUAGGUAUGACCCAGAAGGAGACAUGUAACCUGCCUAGGCCUCAGUUUCUUCCUUAGUAAAACAGGGAUGGUAACAGCACCCAUUUUAUAAGGUAGUGAGAAUUAAAUAAAAUAAUGCAUCCACCGCGCUUAAUACAGCAUCUGGCACACAGCUGGCUAAGUAGAGUAAGUUGAAUGACUAGGGAGGGGGCCUCAUCUCUGACCCUUCGCUGGGCCUCCGUUGACAUCUGCAGAUCAGGGGAGUGGGACAAGCGGGCCCCUGCCCGACAAGCUCUGCGCCUCUCAGGCUGGCGGUCCGCUGCAGAGGCUCCUGGACACCCUAGCCACCAAGACUCUGCAGAGCGGUGCUCAGGAGGGAAGCCCUGCCCAAUCCGCAGGCCUGCGACCGGGGACGCUCACCUGCAACUUCUCCCGCCACUCUUUCAACUGCCACGCAGGGCCCGGAAGUAGAUCUCCUGAUAGCGGAAGUAGAAACUUUUCGAGACCGGAAGUGAGUGAUCGCAAGCAUGGCGUCGGUGGUGCUGGCGCUGAGGACCCGGACAGCCGUUACAUCCUUGCUAAGCCCCACUCCGGCUACAGCUCUUGCUGUCAGAUACGCAUCCAAGAAGUCGGGUGGUAGCUCCAAAAACCUCGGUGGAAAGUCAUCAGGCAGACGCCAAGGCAUUAAGAAAAUGGAAGGUCACUAUGUUCAUGCUGGGAACAUCAUUGCAACACAGCGCCAUUUCCGCUGGCACCCAGGUGCCCAUGUGGGUCUUGGGAAGAAUAAAUGUCUGUAUGCCCUGGAAGAGGGGAUAGUCCGCUACACUAAGGAGGUCUACGUGCCUCAUCCCAGAAACAUGGAGGCUGUGGAUCUGAUCACCAGGCUGCCCAAGGGUGCUGUGCUCUACAAGACUUUUGUCCACGUGGUUCCUGCCAAGCCUGAGGGCACCUUCAAACUGGUAGCUAUGCUUUGAUGUCCUGUUGAGGCCAUUGGACAGAGACUGGAGCCCAGGUGACAGGAGAUGGUGAUACCAGAAGUCAAGGGUUGGGGUGGCGACACGGCCUCCCGAGGAAGAGGUCUGCUUGAUGGUGACUCUGCAGGAGACUCCGAAGUGACUGCUGGGAAAGCCUUUGGGAGACCUGACCUGGGGCCAAAAAUAAAGUGAGCCAGCGUCAUGAACGCAUGCUAUUUAGGGACA